GCGGCUCGGACGUGUCUGGACUCAGUAUAUUUCCCAAGAGCUUGCGCGCGAGGCAAGGAUAGGGAAGAGCAAAGCGGUAGAAAUACCGUCCAGGGCCAAGUUAAAAGUGACGGAUUUCAUACAGUGCGAACACUGCGGCAAGUGGCGAAUGGUGACACAGUCGUACGUAAUGCAAUUCGCAGGGAAGGAUACCAAAUGGUACUGUUGGUCGCAAGGAUCACCAGUGACGAGCUGCGAGGCCCCCGAGGCAGCGAUCUCUCAAGAGGGGGAGGAAGUGAUGGUGGAUUUCAAAACGGGUAGUCAGGCCGAAUAUUUGACAGCCAUCGUUGACGGCGGAGAAAUGUCUUACGCAGACAAGAUGCCAGGGAAGCGAAAGCAUGGGCCUGCAAGCAACAAAUGUGGAUCACAGGGUAAGGGGCAAAGCGUGGAAGAUAGUAGGGAGAGAGAACGAAAGUCGAAGGGAGAGAAAUCCCGGACGAAAAAGAAGCAUCACGGCCUGGACUUGGACCAGAAGGUAGAGGGCGUGCAAAAAAAGCGGCGCAAGAAAUGCCAUCGCGAUGACUACAGCGACGGAAAAGACGGCGCAGGUCGCAAACCUCGCUUUCUUAUCUCGGGAAACGACACCACCUUGCUGAAACCCCUGUCACUUCCUCAUCUAAAUUUGGUCAAACUUUCAGACGGACGAAAGGUUGUCUUGAAGAACGUUGCUGUGUCUCCUGUGCCCGAAGCCCGCUCAGCCUUUCGAGAGGAAUUGAAAAAGUUGCGGCGGCUAAAUCAUGAAAACCUCGUGCCGGUAGUGGCGGCCCGCAUCGAGGAGGAAAAGGCCUUGUCGGCGGUGGGUUUCGCUUUUGAAGAAGCGCUUGUAGAUCUUGAUCACGUCCUCCUGAAGCCACACUCGCUAGUUACGCUGGAGGACCGAUUACUGACCGCGUGCAAGAUCGCGGCCGGAUUGGACUACUUGCACGCUCACGGGCUGGUUCAUGGUGCAUUGCGUCCAGCAAACAUCCUAGUCUCUUUCCCGAUGCCGAUGCUGCAGGUGGUCAAGCUGACGGACCAAGGUAUUGCCCAUCGUGGGUUAUCCAAAGGUGUGCCGAAUAGAUGCGGGAGCGCGGACAGGAUUACCUUCACUGCUCCUGAGAGAUUGAGUAUUUGGUCGUCGUCAAUGGCCACGGCUGAAGCAAGAAGUCGAUCCCAAUCCAAGACGCUGCCACCCCUUGUGUUGCAUCCAUCGGGUGACAUAUGGAGCAUGGGCGUUCUGCUCCUCGAGUUGAUGGUGGGACGCAAAGCGUGGGGCGCAGCGAGGGAUCCGAAGGAGCUUCGUCGGCUAGUGGCUGACUUUUCGAUAGCCGAAUUUUCCGGGUGGCGCAUAUUCGAGAAUUUCAAGUCGCGGCUACCGGCAGACUCGGGAUGGGAAGAGCGUCUUAAUGGAAUCAAACAAAUUUUGCAGGCGUGUUUGAGGAGGAAAGCCUCUGAACGCUUAGGAUCACACCAGCUGGUAAACAAGCUCGCAGUUCUGAGCGCGGACAUCUUGUAUCGCCCGGCGCGAGGUCCUUGAAGGCAU